AUGGAAGAACAGAAGCUGGCACCAUCUCCUCACAGCGAAACCUUUAGAAUCGACCCGUCGUAUCAGUACGCGUACCCUUGCGGCGCCUGCGCGGGGCCUGCUUGGAGCCCCAUCAGCAUCAGCAUCAACGCCCGUAAAUACAGCGUGGGAUACGGGCAGCUAGAACAGCAGAUGUUACAGCAACCUUACCCUGUGAGCAACGUGUUACUGCAACACAACGUGCAACAUUAUCCCUACCCAGACGCGAUGCAGUGGGGUGGAGCCAUGAUGCCCGGCGCGCCCAAGCUGCUCAUGCACGAUCUGUGCCCCGUGUACCCACAGUACCCCUACAUGUACCCUCAGGUACUGGACAGGCCAUCAUCAUCGGAUGAUGAUGGACCCCGGGCUCCCAUGAGCUGUGAUGAUACCCCAACCGUACCCAAUAGUCCAACCAAUCUACCCGCCGCUAGACAAGGACAGGAGACCGCGCCGCAGCCACAAUCUUCCUCCCAGCGGACCACGCCGCAGCCGCGGGACAGGGACGCCGACAUCGCUGCCAAGAUACAACAGAUAAAGGAUCAAAUGUCGCAAAUGAACACUCAAGACAAGGAGAAAAGCGGCAACGGGUUGCUAGGCAACGCGCCUGUCAACUACAAUGGAAGAUUAGGAAGUGUGUCGACGAACGAUGAGACGCAGCUAUCUUCAGCGGCGCGCGCCAUAGUCAACUCCAUAAGGAACAUGCAGGCGCACGCGCACACAAGCCAGCACGACGCCAGGCGGCAUGUGGGCGACUACCGCGAUCGGCGCGACGAAGACAAGCGGCGCCCGCACAGACAAAUGUCCCCUGGAAAUUGGUGCCGACGGUCUCCCGGUCCCGUGCAUCCAGCUCUGAACCAUCCGUGGCGGCCGCACCCGGACACACGCAACGGGCGACGUUAACAUAUCCUACACACACACACACACACACACACACACACGUCCCGGGAUCUACCUUCAUACAUUAUGUAAGACUCUUAACAAAACCCUAUGACCGCGAAACAUGUCCACUGAAGCGCGCGGUUACACCAUAAUACCGGUAUCCCUAAAAGCAACGCCAAAGCGAAGAGGGGUGAUAGGAUAUCUCAAUAACUAACACAUUAUGCGAAUUUGACCUUAAUGAAUGAAAAACUUAGACCGAAUGAGAUGUAAGUUUAAGGUCGAGGGUAGCGAUUCCGUUUAUUAACAAGAGGCAGAUAUACCCAUACAUUAAGUAAAAUAUAAAUUGAUUUAAAAAAAAUUAAGCCAUGUCAGAAAUUAACAGUAAAUAUCUACGUCUUAUAAAAUUAGUUGAACUCGUCUUUUAGUGUGAAGACAGAUUUUGGGACAUUAAAUAAAUAAAAAAUAGUAUAUAAUCAUAAUAUAAUCUGGCCAAUUGUGACAGGCAUAGUUUAGUACGUUUAAGGCAUUCUUUAAAAACACAUACAUUUGCUGAUGAAAUCGCCAAACUCACUCAAAAGUUAAAAACUGUGAGUGUCUUACUAUAGUAACAGAUGGCGUUAUUAAGCAAAAGGUACUAUAUUAGGCGUAAGGACGCGAAAACAAAUUAUUCGUAUAAAAACGAUCAAAUUGCGUCCUAUAGACGGUCCACCAGAUCUUAGAACUAUAAAAAUUGCGCGGAAUUCAAAUUUUCUAUAAGAAUUCGCUUCGCUCGGAAUUUUCAAUCGAUUUUUAAGUCGAUGUAGGUAACAAAUCAAAUUAUUUUAUUAAAUAUUUUUUGAUUUGUUUUUUAAGUAGUAACACUACUAUAUAAAAAUUAUAAACUGAAAUAGAUACCAUACACUAAAGAAAAAGCGAU